AUGGAACUGUUUUUUAAGAGAAAGUCAUCAUCGAGUUCGGGUAGUUCAGAUAAUGUUGAUAGUUCAAAUAAUGUUGGUAGUUCAAGAACUCCAAGUUCAAGACAAAGUCAGUUAGAUGGUGUUUUGGGUUCGAGUUCAAGACAAAGUCUUGCUUUUCGUGGCCAUGAUGAAAGUGCCACUUCAAGCAAUAGGGGAAAUUACUUGGAGCUAUUGCAAUUCCUUGCAGAUAAUGAUGACAAUGUUAGAGAAGUUGUGAUGGAAAAUGCUUUGGGGAAUCUCAAAUUACUAGCUCCUUGCAUUCAAAAAGAUCUUGUGAGUGCAUGUGCCCUUGAAACACUUGAUUCUAUCAUGAAUGGUAUAAAAGAUAGAUUCUUUUCAAUAUUGGUGGAUGAAGCACAUGAUGUGUCGGUGAAAGAGCAAAUGGCUAUGGUGUUGCGUUAUAUGGAUGACAAAGGGCAUGUAAUUGAAAGAUUUGUGGGCAUCCAACAUGUUACCGACACUACUUCAAGUUCACUAAAGGAUGCUAUUGACACAUUCUUUUCACGCAACGGUUUGAGCCUUUCCAAGCUACGGGGACAAGGUUAUGAUGGUGCUAGCAAUAUGAGAGGUGAGUUGAAUGGCCUUAAAACAAAGAUAUUGAGAGAACAACCUUGUGCAUAUUAUGUUCAUUGCUUUGUUCAUCAACUUCAACUAGCUCUUGUUGCCAUGGCAAAGAAAAAUAUAGACAUUGCCUCUUUGUUUGCAAUGGCUAAUAGUGUGGUUAAUCAUGUUGGAGCAUCUUGUAAGCGGCGUGAUUUACUUAGAGAGCAACUCCAAGAAGAGCUUGUGAUAGCUUUUGAAAAUGAUUGUCUUAUAAUGGGGCGAGGCUUAAAUCAACAAACAAAUCUCAAAUGUGCCGGUGACACACGAUGA